GAAAGAAAGAACUCGCCAACAAGCGGACGAAAAGAACUCGAUCGGCUUAUAAAAGUUCAUCACAAUGAUAUUGGAUAUUGGAUACCUUAUGGUGACCUUGGGAUGCUUUUAUUACCGUAACCUUCGUUAAGGCUCCACAGACGUACGGGUUGAUGUCGUUUGCCCUCCUAAAAAAGGCCUUCGGUAUUGGGAAAGCAAUCGACGACCGGGAGUUUGACGAAUUUCUUAAGGCAGUUGACGUCAAUGAUGUCCAUGUCGGGCAAUUGAGUAAAUUAUUGAGAAAAAAAGCAGUCCGGUUGUUUGUCCUAAAAAAUGAGGACUCAGGUGUCAUAUUUGAUUCUUCAGCGCUAAAGGAUCCUGUGAAAUCCACUCCAACCAUUAAUGUUGGUCGUCAACAGUUGAAUCUUAGUGAUAUGGCGUUUGGGUCUUAUUCAUUGAAUAACAGAAAACCGCUCUUGCAUUCAAUGAAAAUUCAUGAUAUGAGUUCCAUUGGACAGGUUCUGUUUACUCGAGUUUUUCAUGAAUUUGACGAGUGGCGAAAGCUGUAUCCGAAAAGUGAACACAACCAGGGGAUCAAGCAGGAAACGUGUGUUGGAAACCCUGAGUUGUUAAAGAAACAAAACUUAAAAAGUUACAAAACCUUGGCAGUUUGCCUACUCAUCAAUUUGGAGUGGUGUUCACCUACUAGUGGGUCGUGUCCCAACAAAGCAUGUUCACAAAAGCCACAUAGCCGUCGGAAUUUCUAUCAUCUAUUCAACACUGAUGUUUCCCACCACAACCAACUAGUUCCUCAGUCGUCCGCGGAUACUAGCUUAAAAAUAUCGGCUUUUACCGCGAGACGUUUUUACAAUAUGCUCUUUGAACACUGGGUUCAGCUGAGCCUAAUAAUAGAGACAUUGUCGAAUGAAUGUGCAAUAGCCGUAUGCAGCAGUGCUAAGAGCUAUUGGGGCACGCACAAACUUGUUCCAGAGGCACACUGUACAGAAACCAUUGCAAAAGCUUUCAGCAACUUUCUGAAUUAUUUCCGAGAUCUAUGUCUGCCCAAAUUAUAUUUUCCGAUCUGGCCUACGUUAAAUGUCACAUUAUCUACCGAUUUUGAUUCAUUAUCACCCUGCUCUGAUCGAUCACGUGCUGAUUGUGUUGCUUAUUGGCUUAAUAUGGACCCUAGUUAUUCUCAGUCAAUGAUUGUCGAUUCUAACCAAGUCUCCAAAGAUAGUCUACUCGAUGUGUUUGUGAGAUCCUGUCUGGCACCUUUAAUUAUUAAGGGUAAUAGUAAAGAACAUCGUAGCUUUCUUGCUCGUUUGAUUACUGGUAUUCUUAUGUUCCAUACUGGCUGGAUUGAUGGUUCAGGAUCACGUUCAAAUCCGGGGGUCAGUUGUGGGAAUUCAUCAAUAUCUAAUAAACAGAAUGUGCCCGUCAGUUUAUUGGAUCAGUUACUUACACAAACAGGUUUCAAAACCAUAGGAACGGAUUCAGUAUCAUUCGGAAGUAUAUUUAACUGCACUGUAAUUUCUGGCCAGUCUCGUGCUUAUUUAAUGGCACUUCUUCACUUCGCUACGUAUUUCUUGAGAUUCAUGUGCUUGAUUCACACACAGGAAUGCCUCCCAGAACUUGGACCAGCUGAUCUGUUUGAAUUAGAACAACAGAAACGGCGGACUCGUCUAGGUGCUAAAUCACGUCGUAAAUCUGGAUCGGCAACCAGUAGUAACUCAACUGGUCACAGUGGUGAUGCACAUGAUUCUGGUAUCAGUUCCCAGGAAGAUUUGACUUCUGCAUUUUAUUCAGCGAGCACUGGAUCAUCUCCUACACACGUUUCUGGUAUGGCGUUGUGUAUGACGCAUCGACUAACUCGUGACCAAUGUCGAAUGGCUGAAGUAGCUGCUCACUUUAUGGUUACUCGAGAGGCUGCUGCAGCAGCAGCGGCGGCAGCAGCGUCCGGUCCAAUUAAUUCUCAAACUUCUGUUAGCACAACACGUUCAACUGACACGUCAUCGGGAUUAGUAGACGGUAGCAGUGCUGCUAAUAAACCAUGUCCAUCUAAUAACUCACCUCGUUCUUAUCGAUCUCGGUAUACUGAAGUUCCUUUGCUGAUAGAAAAAUUUUUUGAUGGUGAUGAAGAGUUGUGUAGUUGUUUACCGAUUGAAGUUAUUCCGGGCUCAGGUAAUCAUCCUAGUUCCUUGACGUUACCACUAGGAAGGAGCAGCAGUCCAACUUCACCGUGUAAUACGUUAGAUAAUUUUAAAACUCAUUGUUUACCAAUCUAUCCACAGUUUGCAGACCGUUCAUCAAAACAUUUGUGUUCACCGCAGUCACGCGAUCACGAGGUUCCAUUUUCAUCCUUAUCAAGAGUAGGGGAUGGAUCUAAUGUCUUCAAUAUUGAUAAUAUGUCACCAUCGUCAUCGAUUUAUCAUACCGAAGAAGAAAUACCACAUGCUGUCAAUCCAGUUCAUCAUUCUCCAUUGCCAACACUUGCAAAUCAUUCACUAAUCUCUGGUACUGUCACUGAUAUAUACCAUAGUGGUCAUGUGUUACAAGCAACUGUUGAACACCCUGAAAGUUUCAAAUCACGCUUAGAAGAAAAUUUACUUCAGUGGAUUACUUAUGGCCCAGCUAUUAUUAACGAUUUAAAUGACUUAUCAGUCUAUAGUAAUAACUCCAACAAUAAUACUAGACCAGAGGAAUCAUUAUUAUCGUCCACCCAAUUGAAUCCAUCAAUUAAAUCUAGUCUUUCAUAUCCGAAAUCAAGAGAUUGUCAACUGAAACCACUUAAAUGGUCUGCUACAAGUUUAUUGAUUAAUUGCGAUGCUAAGAGUGUCGAGGCCCUAACGCUUAUUCAGUCCAAAUCUACAGAUUCAAUUUCAAGCAAGGAAUCAGAUGAUGCAAAUCUGAAAUUAAGUCAUCAUUGUACUAUUAGCGCUGGAAGUAGUAGUGGUACACACGUUGGUCGAGAUCGUGUAAAAGUGAAGUUGGAUGAGACAGAACCCUUUGAACAACAAUCAGUUCUAACGACACCACAGUGUAAACUUGGGUCAUGUAUUACUCGGCGUAUUAUACCAAUUAAACCUGCUCCUUUGGUAUUUCGUCUUAUCGAACAAAUCCAUAUGGUGUUAGAUGCAACAAACUGUUCACUGAUGACUCUGAAACAUCUGGAGGGUAAUCUGCAAUUGAUUUAUCUUAAAAGUACAAUACUGACAAAUUUGUUAGUUAAAGAAGGCUCAAAUACGCUUCACCGAGUUGAUCGGAUGACCAUUGCUGCAGGUUGCUUGCCAGAAGAUCUACCUUUAUUGCUGUCCAUUGCAUCAUCUUGUUCUGCACAAGUUGCGAAUAUCUUACAUUCUAGUCAUUUCGACUGGUUUAAUUUAGGAUGAUGCACUUCAUAAUAAACUUUUUUUGGAGUAAUUAGUCACAAUUGAUUAUCACUUAUUCAGUUUUCCUUCAGUAUAAAAUAUCAUUAAUCAGGAAUCGUUAAUUUUGUAAUCAUGUUACGGUCAUAUAAUUUGAUUCUCUAUAUUGAAAACAUACUCUAACAUAAAUGACAGACUUUUAGAUGCCCAUCAUUUUUUUUGAUUGAUCAUUUAAUUAUAUCGUGUAAAUUAUUAAGUUCGCAUUACUACUUCUUUUUUUGUUGAUAGCACUCCCUUGUACAAAUCCCUUUUUUCCUUUAAUAAUUCAUUAUUGUGAAUUUGUCUGUUUUUGAUGGAAGAAUGAUGUUUAUAUAUAUGUGUUUGUCUGUGCAUAAUUCAGAUUUUCUACAGAAAUUUUCAAAAAUCGAUUAUUAUCAUUAUUAUUAUUAUUAAAAAUCCUUUACUUGAAAACUCCAGAAAUUACGAACAAUUUGUUGGGAAAUUUCACUGUAAUAAAUGUUUUGUGAAGCGGGACACGGAAAAUCAAGAUUCUCCGAUAUAAAACAGCAUGCAACAAUCGGAUCACACUUGACGGAGAAGAUUUGAAAGAUGCGAAAACCUUUACAUAUCGGGGCAGCAUCAUUAGUGAAUGCGGUGGACCUGAUGCAGAUGUGAAGGCGCGGAUCGGAAAAGCAAGAGCAGCAUAUUUACAACUGAACAACAUCUGGAACUCAAAGCAACUGUCAACCAACACCAAGGUCAGGAUUUUCAAUACAAAUGUCAAGACAGUUCUACUGUAUGGGGCGAAAACCUGGAGAACUACGAAAGCCAUCAUCCGUAAGAUACAAGUAUGUAUUAACAAUUGUGUACGCGAAAUAUUUCGGAUCCGUUGGCCGGACACUAUCAACAACAACCUAUUUUUGGAGAAAGCAAAUCAUAUCCUGGCGGAGGAAGAAAUCAGGUAGAAGCCCUGCAAGUAUAUAGGACACACUGAGUAGAGCACCCAACUGCGUCACAAGACAAGCCCUCACAUGGAAUCCUCAAGGUCACAGGUGGAGAUAGGGAAUAACAAAAAAGACAAUAAUUCGAGAAAUCGACACAGACAUGAGAAAAAUGAACAAAACUUGGAUGGGACUAGUAAAUAAAUCCCAUGAAAUACUGAGUUGGAGGAUGAAGGUCAGCAGCCCAUGCUCCAUUGGGAGUAACAGGCGAAAGUAAGUAACAAAAACGCGGCAAAUCCGGUAACCUAUACAAUGCACAAAGUAUUUGUCGGUAGGAUUAGUAGGAAUGACAUUAUUUUGAGGACUGGGACGUUUUACUAACGGCGUUUGAGAGUGAAUUUAUAAACUCCGAAUAGAAAUACCCUGGUACGGUUGAGGGUGGGGAGUCCGCCCUAACAUGGUCGCACGUAUACAGCCACUCACGGGGAAAUCCUACUCACUGACACCUCGCGGCGGGGGUAUUGUUUACGAAAGUGAAAGGAAAAAAGGCGAAUGCUCGGCGCUUUAACCAAGUUGGUGAAUAUGGAGAAUCCACCCAGUGGACGAAAACUGAACCUUGCGAAUAUAGUUCAGAAAGAGACCGAAACAAAAGAAAUAAAAACUAUAACCUCAAAGGAUUUAUUCCGGAGAAUCUUUUCAUGGCUCCGAUACAUUUACAAAAAAUUUAAGGUGUCACCAAAUAUCCUUAUCAAUAGACUUAUCUAUUUGCUCUACUAUAUAAGAUAAAUGGAAGGUGAAGAUAAUAGAAAAUAUAGACAAUCACCAUUCUAAAUGAUGCAAGUAGACUAGCUGACCGGCUAUUUUUCAUCUGAAACACGGUACCUAACUUUGAACUUAAUAGUGGUUUGAUUCAAUAUAAAAUUGGGAAGCCUUAUUAAAAAUGCUUUGAAAGUAUUCAGUUGGCCAUCUCUGUCCUACACUUUCAGUGAGACAGAAACUUUGUAACUGUGUUAUACAUCCAUAAAAGCAAACGAUUCUCCUUAAUGAUUAGAUUUACCUACAAAGCAUUGGUAAAAUAUUUAUGUUAACGUAGGAUGGUAUUCUGAAUCGAUUUUAAAAACUCCGAAUGCUCUGGUAAGGCGGAGGGUAAGGAGAGUCAGUUCUCUCUCUCGAAAUGCUUCCACAUGGUCACGCGCAUACGGCCAUUAACAAGGAAGUCCUACCCAAUGGCUUCUCGCACCAGGGGGGUUGUUUACAAAAUUGAGAGGACGAAAAAAGAAUGUCCGGCGAUUGGACCGAGUUGGUGGAUAUGGAAAGUUCAACUGGGGAGUCGGGAAACCCUGGUUCAAAACCAAUGGUGCACCCGGGUUCCAGGAUCCUGAAGAAACAAAUGGCGUAUGAACCAGUGGAUGUUCACAGGCUACCAUGGGACGGCAUCUCCUUACGUCGCUUCACUGCUUUAUUAAUCAGACCUUUAAGUUGAGGGCUUGUAGUGUGCCCCCAAGAAAACAACACGCUUCGGUCUGGGCACACGAACAGUAUGACAGCCCACACACAAACCAAGGGAAUUAUUUGGCGCGUAUGUAUUCGGUGCCGUUUUGUAUCAAUAUUUGUGUUCAAAUAAAUAGAUAAUUUGAACGGAUUUAUGAAAUCCAAAGCAACUACUGUCUUAUGGUGCCUUCAUAUAAACCAUUCUUUUCUAGUAAUCAGUCUGGAUGUCCAAAGAAUUUGACGUAAAAACCCAUGGGAUUAAAAAUUUGUUUUGGAUACAGAACUCACCACCAUACACCCUAUCUAGGUAAAAAGCUUGCUAAUCUCAGUGUUGC